CAAGGAAAAGAUUUUGCUUGGCAGGAGCUUUUACCUCUGCAUUUCUCUAGUCGUAGCCACCUUACGUCUGGUGAAGAGUAUUUCAGUGUUCUACUACCAAAACGGAGCCCGCCGAAGAAGACGAGAAAAAACCCUCUCUUACUUCUGCAAUCAUGAUGUCAAUGAAUAGCAAACAACCUUUCAGCAUGCACCCUAUCUUACACGAGCCGAAGUACACGCCGCUCCACUCCAGCUCGGAGGCUAUCAGGCGGGCAUGUCUACCCACGCCAUCGUUGCAGGGAAACAUUUUCGCCGGCUUCGAUGAAACUUUGCUCCAGAGGGCGGAAGCCUUGGCAGCCGUGGACAUCGCCCAGAAGAGCCACCCGUUCAAGCCGGACGCCACCUACCACACCAUGACCACCAUGACGAGCAUGACCUGCACACCGACCUCGUCGUCGGCCCACCUGCACCACCCGUCGGUCCUGACCUCUCACCACCACCACCACCACCAUCCGCACCACCAGCCCUCCCAGGGCCUGGAGGGAGACCUUCUGGACCAUCUGACCCCGGGCAUCUCUCUGGGUGGCAUGGGCUCCGACGUCUGCGCCACGGCCUCCCACCCGCACUCUCACAUGUCCGCCAUCAACCACAUGCAGCAUCACCACCCGCAGAGCAUGAACAUGCACCCGCACAGCCUCGGCUCUCACAACUCGCUGGGCGGCGGGGCAGACUCGGAGCCCGACCCCAGGGAGCUGGAGUCUUUUGCCGAGCGCUUCAAGCAGCGGCGGAUCAAGCUUGGGGUGACUCAAGCUGAUGUUGGGUCGGCCCUUGCGAACCUUAAAAUCCCGGGGGUGGGCUGCCUCAGCCAGAGCACAAUUUGCCGGUUCGAGUCUCUCACCUUGUCGCAUAACAACAUGGUCGCCCUCAAGCCCAUCCUUGAGGCAUGGCUCGAGGAGGCCGAGCGCGCGCAGCGGGAGAAAAUGGCCAAGCCCGAGAUCUUUAACGGAGGGGACAAGAAAAGAAAACGCACAUCAAUCGCUGCCCCCGAGAAACGGUCACUGGAGGCCUAUUUUGCAGUGCAGCCCCGACCCUCGUCGGAAAAGAUCGCGGCAAUCGCAGAGAAACUUGACCUGAAAAAGAAUGUGGUCCGCGUGUGGUUUUGCAAUCAGAGGCAGAAACAGAAACGGAUGAAGUUCUCCGCCACCCACUAGGUUACCUUCUUCCUUUUCAGACAAAUCAGACAUUAUAAGGUAACCUGGCCGGACGUGACAGGCUUCACCUCCGCUGCUGUAUUCUCUCUGGCUGAGGAUGAGGUCAGGUGUCGGCGCUCUAAUAAUUACCUGGCGUAUUUUGGCAAAUGUUUUCAGAAGUGAACACUGUAACGUUUGUAUAGCGGCAUCUCGACAUCACCACACGGCAAAAAGGUGCGCUCUGGGGCCGAGCACAAAGUGGGCUACCCGACUAACACUUGGCAAUUACUGUACAAAAAAUACAGAGGAAAAUCGAAGAGUAAUUAUUCUCUUAAGUAAAAUGAACUUUUUUAUAUUUAUCAAUGUAAAUAUGUGUGAAUAUGUUGCACCUAUGUGUACAAAUGCGUUUCAAUUAUGUUGCUUUUUAAAUCAAUUGUUCAGAAAAUACCGAAGGUUAAAAAAAAAAAUCAAUGUUACUGUAUGUGUUUCAGAAGAGAGAUGAGCUCUCGGUGACACGAGGGUUAUACUGUAAUCCAUUGCACGGUUUAUCCUAUAGGGCGUUAUGUGUGCGUUUUCUAGCAGAGAAAUAGAAAGUUCUUCCCAUCCGACUGUAUUGCAAUAAGACAGCAUACGCGAGUUAACGCACCAUCACAAGGACAUACACACAGCAUAUUUUUCUGUGUCUACCUCAUCACAUUCUUCGUGGCACAUUAUUGUUUUUUUUUCGAGCUAGGGAACAUAGUGUGUGUGCUUUUUAUUUAUUUUGUUUUUUAAUUAUUUUCACACUAAGUCAUGGUCGAUUUAGACAACACUGAAAUGUAAAUGUUGUUCGUCUCAAUGAUGAUUUCCACUGCAAAAAUGCUUUGACAAUCAAAUUAAUUAGAAGACAAAUGUUGUAAGGACCCUCCCCCCUUCAUGUUCUUACCCAGGAACGAUCAUUUUCGUUGCUGUUUAUCAUUAUUAUUAUUAUUAUUAUUAUUAUUAUUAUUAUUAUUAUUAUUAUUAUUGGACAUUUUUAUUUUCAUGGUUGAAUAUUCAGAGCACUUUGUAGAUAUUGUUCAGAUGAGACUUGUGUCCGCUUAUUUAUAAUUAAUUUAUCUGGUUUCUAUUUUUUGAUUAUAUUUGACCUUAACUUAUUUUUAAUGCAACGCAUUUCAUUUGUGUCAGUGUGCUAAUAUGUGUCUGUGUAAGCGACAGAAACUGAAAAUAAACCCUGCACGUUUUACCUCA